AGUUCUGGGCCAGGUCUCAGCUCCAUUUAGUUACAACUGGACCUCCGCCGGCUCUACAACGAAAUUUAUUUAUUUGCUCCAAGUUACUUGUUCGGUGGGCGAAGAAAAAGCCAUAAAAUAGUGCUUUCCGAAUCAGGUGCAGGACCACCAUGAGCGCAAUCGAGUGUCCCGGGGCGGUGGAGAAGAGGGCUCGCCCGCGAAGAUAUACGCUGGGCGAGUUGUGCCGGUUGCUCAGGGACGCCGCCCUGACCCGAUUCCUUGGCCGGAUGGUGCUCUGUCACGAUCCCAGGCUGUGCGCCCUCUCGCUGAUCCUGGGCCUCGUGGUCCUCGACUUCCUGGCCCGACACUCGCUGGCCCAGCUGCUGGGCAUGGCCUGCUCGACGCUCCUGUUCCACGGACUCUUGUACUGCGUCCUCCGGAGGUAUGUCCGCUUUCUGCCCUACGAGGAGCUCAUCGUCAGGCGGAUCAACUCGUCCUGGUCCCGCGGCUUGGGCAUCCACGUGGCCAGCGGCCUGGCCCACUGCAUCAACCGCUGCGUGGCCACCGCCCAGUUCCUGCUCUUCGGACCGGACAUCCGCGCCAGCCUCCUGCUGGGGCUGGUGCUGCUGGAAGUGCGCUCCGUCCUGCGCUGGAUAAGCUUCUCCACUCUGAUCAAGAUCGGAAAUAAUUGUUCCCCCAUAGCCUACUGCAUGGCAUUUGCCCUGCCGAAACUGUGGGAGGCCCUUCUUCUCUACCUGGACCUGCAUCCCUUUGUGAUCCGUCACCGCCUGCUGGUCCAACUGCUGCAGAGCUUUUUAAGCAAGGAAUUUAUCUUCGGGCUCCUCGAGGAGUUGGGCAAGGAAGUGGACCUCUAUAGUGCAAGGUACUUCGAGCUGCGAGCAGAGGAAAUUCCAGAGGAAGCUGACAAUGGGAGGCCGAAAAGUGGCGGGGGAAUCGAAAGGGAAUCGGGGAUCGAAGGACAGUCAUCUGAGGACUGAGUCAUCUCCCAAAGGUUUUUGUUUUUCGUUACUCAUUAGUUCUGUUUAAAUUUGUUCGCCGUUUCCGCACAAGCCAGGUACAAUGCUGAAAAUAUCCAAUAAUAAUGUUAUACAAUAUAUUAAUAAUAUGAUAUACACUUAUUACACGUUAAAAUUUCCGUUUUCA